UUUCCCCUGCUUCCGGGACGAGCCAGCAUAUUUUGCGUCUGCUCCGUCUUGCCACGCAGCCAUGAGCACCCAGGGCCACCAAGUUUAUACCCAUAAGGUGCAGGCUGCCCUCGACCGCCUGAUCAGCAUGCACCUGCAGGCCUCCUAUACCUACCUCUCUCUGGGCUUCUAUUUCGAAGGAAACCGUGUGGCUCUAGAGGGCGGUUUCUUCUUCAGGUUGGCUGAGGAAAAGCGAGAAGGUGCCCAUCGCCUCCUGAGGCAAAACCAGGUGAGCGACCGCUCCCUCUGCCAGGAUGGGCAGAAGCUGACCCAAGAUGAGUGGCAUGAUUGCCUGGAAGCCAUGGAAGCUGCCCUGAUCCUGGAGAAGAAUCUGAACGAGGCCCUUUUGGAUCUGCAUGCCCUGGGUUUGGCUAACACAGACCCCCAACUCUGCUUUUUCCUGGAGAGCCAUUUCUUAGACCAGGAAGUGCAACUCAUCAAAAAGAUGGGUGAGCAUCUGACCAACCUUCGCAGGCUGGCCGGCCAGGAUGCUGGUCUGGGCGAGUAUCUCUUCAGAAAGCUCACACUCAAGGGUAGCUAGGAGCCCCCGGGGCCCGGCGGCUUUGGAGCGGCUCCUCUGUGUUCCCCUAACAUCAAGAUGCGCCUGAGUUUCUAGCACCAGCCAAGAGACAGCUUCUCACCACCCAGGAGCACCCGCCCAAGCCGUGGAUUAAAUGGAAACAAAAAAGGUUCUUUUUGCAGAGAAGGGGUAAACUUAGGCUAAGAUGAAAAAAAUAAGUAUUCAGAAUAGCAUGCAGAAUUUUUGGUCUGUUUAUUUCUAUAACCUGUUUAAUUUUAAUCUGUUCUUAACCUUUCUGAGUGAUUUGUGGACUUUUGGGGAUCCAACAAGCCGUCUUUUCUCUGUCAAGAAGAAACACACUCACCUUAUUCCUAAACAUUGCAUAUACAGUGUUGGACGUUUUGCAGUUUCUCCAAAACCAUCAUGAGGACUGGAAUGAUUGUAAAAUGUAUCCCUGAUUUUGCCUAGCUAAAGAGUGGACUAUCUGGACUACAUCAUACUGGACACUCCCAAAACUGUCAAAUUCACAAUAACAGUGUUUUUCCUGAUCUUCAACUUGGUGUGAUGCCAUCUGCCUAUUCUGAGGAAUCCAAGAAGAAGUCCUGUGAAAUUCAUCUUUGCAUCUCCCAUUGGAUUGCUGUUGAGAACACUGACUAUAACAUCAUGUGCUGGUCUGUUAAUGAAGCCUCUCAAGAGAAAUUUUGGUCUGGACUUACUAUUAGAAAUAACAGUGUUCCACUUGUAUGAUUAGUUUGUUUUGGUUUUAUGGACACUAAAUGAACUAAUUAACUUGCCUUUUCUGAUUACCUACUAGAAAGCUUAGGACCAAAUUUGUAGUCCACCCAGAGUAAAUGAAUAGAACUGUAUUAAGUUUUGUUUUGGUGUGUGUAUAUGCUUCUUUCCUGAUCUGUUAUUAGAUUCUUGGUGUAUGUUAUGGAUCCUCUUAAACCACUUUAAACUCUUUUACAUGGUUGUGUAUAAAUAGAUAGCCAAAUAAACUUUAAAAUGUAGAUUAAGAAUGGUUCUGAAGUUUAUUUUGGAGAAAAGGGAAGAUAACUAUAAGGAAGUGCUAAGAGAGCCAAAGUGAUUAGCCUGGAGGUGGGUCAGGUGGAGGUUAAAUUCCAGAAGACAGAAAAGCAGCAAAUGUAACAUUUUAUUUAAAAUAUAUUUCAUCUUUCUCCUGAGUUAUCUUCUCCUAACUUAAUACAUUUGGGUCCCACAGAUAGCAGUAUAAUAAGUGUGUAUUGUUUUCCUUGCACAUUGAAAGGCUGGAGUUGUAGCUUUUUCUCAAAUCACACAAGUGGAAAAAAAGUAAUUUUCCUACA